AUGGCUAAUGGUUACAGUAGACAUUUCCCAAGACCUAAAGUAAUAGUUGCUGCAAAUAAUGUUAUUGGAUGCUAUAAUGAUAAAUAAGGUGAAGAUUGUCCUAAAUACUAAAUUUUCAGAAAAGUUUUAAACGAUGAGAAGAUAACGUGA